GUGGGUGGAGACUCACCCCCAGUGUGAGCGGAUGCGACUCGGGGACAUGCAGGCUAAACCCCACCAGAGGAUCACCAAGUAUCCGCUGCUGCUCAAAGCUGUGCUCAAAAACACCCAGGACCCCCACAUCCAGCUCCGGCUCCGAGGCAUGCUGACCAGCGUGAACAGCUUCCUGGAGAGCAUCAACGACUACCUGCGCCUGAAGGACGAGGAGCUGGCUCUGUCCAUCUCCGCUCAGAGGGUGGAAGGCUACGAGGUGGACGGGAUCAGCGAGGAGAUCGACAAGCACGUCAGAGAGCUGUGCAGGUUCGACCUCACCUGUCCCAUCAGAGGCGCCGGUCCUGGCGUGGUCCGGAAGCUGCUGCUGGAGGAGAACCUGAGGGUCCGCGGCAGGAAGGACAGUAAACUCGAGGUCGUGGCUCUGCUGUUCUCCGAUGUUCUGCUGCUGACCAAAGUGCAGAAGAAAGGGGAGCGUCUGAAGAUGGUCCGGCCUCCGGUGGCCCUGGACAGAACCAGCUGCAUCGCUCUGAAAGACGGCUAUUCUUUUGUUCUGGUGGAGGUCGGUGAGCUCCAGAGUGCCAUGAACGUCCUCAUCCUGGUCUCCAGCACCUCAGACAGCUGCUCCACCUGGGUCUCCUCCAUCCACCAGGCAAAGGUAACUCUGAGGAACCUGAGACAGACGGAGAACAACAGGUUGGAGAACCUGAAAACACACCAACCAGAGUCCAAACCUGUUGCAGAACCGAAGACAGACGACAUGGAGACAGAAGAAGAACCCGUCAGACGUCCAGCAGCAGGAACGUUUGUGAAGAAGUUUACUGAUGAACUGAUCACGCCAUCAUUGAACGGGUCUGUAGAGACAGAACCUCCAGACGAGGCUUCCUCUAAUGACACCGGAGCACCGUUCUGGCACUCCCAGCUCAGAAACAGUCUCCGGAAAGCAGAACAAAAGAGCAUAUCGGGUCGACAGGCCAGCGUCAGACGGUACGAGUGGAUAGAGAUGGGAGUGAGAGGAGAGCAGAGGAACCACAGAGAGGACGAAGGACAACUUGUUGAAUCUCAGCUGACAAAUCAGCCAAACGUGACCUGGCACCACAGAGUCCAAUCUGCACCGAGCCUGAACCAUUUCACCCGCAGAACCGCUGCACAUCCAGUGAAGCACAACACGACUGGAACAUACCAGCUGCUGGUCGGAGAACUUCCAGAUGUGGACUAUCCAACAGAUGAAAACACUUUGCAGCCUCCCCACCAGCUGGCAGCUUCCAGGGAGGCGAAUCCUGGAUCAUCCAUCAGGAGGGACCCAGGUUCUCCCUCUGGGAACCAGAACACCAGGAGGAACUCCAACUGCAGCCAGUCUGGAGACGUGGAAUCAUCUCCAGACGCCUGGAGCUUCUCCAAGAACCUUCGGUCUCCAGGGUUGCGGAGGAGGAGGCCGGUCAACGCCGGUCAAGGUCCCUCAGCUCAGGCGUCCAAUCGGUUUGUCCAGAGACAGACCUGGACCGCCUCCAACAGCUACCCAUCCUCUAACUCGGACUCAGACUCCAACCUGAACAUGAAGAGGAACUCUCUGCCCUCCAGCAGCUCAGAGACACUCCGGGUUCUGAAGCUGGGCUCCCUGAAGCCCAACCAGGGGAUGUUCUGGAACAUGACUGACAGAACCUCUGCUGAUCUCCAAAUAUACUCUGAACCGGAGCUGCCGGAUCUCAACGUCCAGACCAAGAGGCCCAAAAUGAAAACCCAGAGGAGCGCGUCCAUCCCCAACAUCAUCAUGGAGGGAGGCCUCCGUCAGCCCUCCAGCAGCCUGUUCGCUGCUCAGCGCCCACAAGACAGAGCUUCUAGUCCAGGAUACGACCGCAGCCAGCAGGCCUCGCCUCUGGAGGGGCUCCUGGAGCGGGCCAGGGAGCGGGGCCGGGACCGCGGGGCAAUCAAGAGGGGCAGGAACGUCAAGAUGCUUCAUCCCAGGUCCAGGUAUCCUCCUCCAUCACCCUCCUUCUCCACCACACCUUCUCCUCCGCCGAGCGAUGGAGACCGAGACACCGAGUGGGAGGAGGUGGAGCUGCAGAGACACCGAGCUUUAACCGUCAGCAAAGGCUGGAAGGAGCAGCUGGUGGACGGAGAUGAGGACGACAAGAGGAGCAGUUCUGCGUUUGCAGACGGCGUCAACGUGGACUGGUCCGGCUGGUGCUUCGACGACGAUGAAGUCAUGGCUCAUCUUCAUCCCGGAGACGAAGGCCUGGUGACGGGAAUCAGCAGAUCUCUGGUCCUGUGGCAUCUGGACGAACCGUCUGAGGACGGCGAGUGCUGUCAGGUGUAGAAACCUGACGGCUGCAGCGUUUUACACGAUGAACGGAGGGUUCAGGGUAUUAAGGUAUUUUAAUUCUGUAAUUAAUGUAAGAUAUGUUUUUUAGUGUUUUGUGUAAAUAUCCUAAAACCUUUUUCUAAAUGUCUGUAUUUUAUUUAUUUGUGUAAUAAAGA